CCCCUUUAGGGCGACGCUUUCGAUCGGUACCCCAACUCGCAGAUGAUCGCGACCCGCGCGAUGGUAUUGGCCGGGUCAGCCUCCGCGCGCUGGACCAGGGCCGGCGCGAUCGCCGCAUCGGCACCCCGGCGCUCGUCGACAAUCACGUCGUCGAGAAGACGUGGCCGAUUGCCAAACGUCGUCCCCGACACGCUCUCUCGGGUCGGCAUCGUCGCCGGGGCCGCGGAACAGGAGCCCCCCGAGACGUCGUCCUCAUCCGGUGAGGUCGACCCCGACGCCGAGAGCUUCAGGCGGGAGCUCAAGGCGGCACAGGAGGAGGAGGAGGACAAGGAGAGGCGCACGUACCGCGGCAUCGACACGAAAGGCGGGCGGUACGGUUUCGGCGAGAACGUGGACGACGCGCUCGACGCCACCACGAAUCCGGACAGUUUCCUGUUCGGCGGGUUCCUGUUCGUCAUCGGGGCGGUGGUGCUGUUCCUCUUCGGGCCAAGGCCGCCCUCCGAGCUUUACUACUAGCAAUCGAGUCGCAACCCACGCAGGUGGCGCUAAGUUGCUACCCUUUAGCUAGAACUUACUCAUAACCGGCCUG